UCCUUGGGGACAGUCCACGGGGAGGGAGGGGACACCGGGGACACCACCCGGGACAUCCCAGCACCAGAGCUGGGCUGGGGUUUGGCACUUGAUCCCCUCCGGGACAGAGCUGGGCUCGGGGGGCGUCGCGAUGGGGGUAAAAUCACCAAAUUGACCAUUAAAUUAAGAAACCUCCUGUUGUUUGUCCCAAUCCUUUGUGGAUUUCGGGCUGGGGGGGGUCGGGGGGAGCUCAUAGUGCUUCACAGGGUUAUUAAAAUACAAAUGCUUAAAGUUUCCUAUAUAAAAAUAUACAAAUGCAAAAAUAGAUAUCAAGAGAGAGAGCCGGGGGGGGCUGGGGGGGCCGGGCCCUGCGCCCCCUCCCCGGGGAGCUUCUGCUGCCUUUCCUUUUUUUGCGUGUUUUUUAAAAAAAAAAACCAACCCCAAAUCAAAACAAGAUUCCUGCUUCCCGCCGGCUCCCGGAGCUGCCGAGCGAGCGAGCGGAGCUCGGGAUGGAGAUGGGGCAGCUCCUCUGUCCCGAGGGGCCGCGGCUCCUCCCCGGGCUCCUGGCACGGCUGGAGCUUCUCCCGGGACAGCCGUGGGCAGCGGGACAGGGCCGGGCUGGGAAGCACUGAGCGGGCGUGGGGUGGCUGCUCUGCACCUGCCCUGGGGGGCCAGGUGGGAACAGCGCGGGGCAGGUGGGGAUGGAUGGCCCGGGCAGGUGGGGAUGGAUGGCCCAGGGCAGGUGGGGAUGGAUGGCCCGGGCAGGUGGGGAUGGAUGGCCGGGGCAGGUGGGGAUGGAUGGCCCGGGCAGGUGGGGAUGGAUGGCCCAGGGCAGGUGGGGAUGGAUGGCCCGGGCAGGUGGGGAUGGACGGCCCGGGCAGGUGGGGAUGAAUGGCCCGGGCAGGUGGGAUGCACAGCCCAGCUCCCAUGCCGGGGGCUCCCCUCUGCCCCGACCCCAAAAUGGGAGCAGGGAAGUUGGGGGCCCCCUCCUGGGCCCCUGCCCCGCUCGGGCCCUGCGGGGCUCGCCCCAGAGCUGCUGCUGGGAACAAUCCCAGAUUUCCUUUUGGGGAUCCACCCCUGCACCCAGAGCCCCGCUGGGGACGAGCCCCGCAGGGCAGCCGGGACGGGGCUGGGGCAGGAAGAGGAGGGUGUGGGAGGAAGAACGGAAAGGACCGAGCCCUCCCCCGGCGGGAGGAGCAGGAUCCUGCAAAACCCUUUUUGGGGGUUUUUCUCCAAACUGUCCCUGUUUCCAGCUCCCUUAUUUUUUUGUCAGGAGCCACCUCCAGCGGUGCCACAACAAAACCCUCGAGUGUCCCGAAUGUCCCUGCGGUGCUUCCCCCUCGCUCCAGACCGGCUGAGCUCCGCAGAUGCUCCUUUUUCCCGAUUAUUACUAUAAUUAUUAUUAAUUCCAAUGCUGGCUGUAAUAAAAAAAAUCAGCUUUUCUCCCCCGAGGAGGCUCCAGUUGUCCCCCCAGGGCUGCGUCCCAGCCCCUCUGUCCACGACCUUCCCAUGGAGCAACUCCAUUUCCACGGGACAGGGAGCCUUGCCAAGAAAACGGCUGGAAAAAACCAAGAUCCGAGAAAAAAAAUAAAAACAACACCUGCCAAGGCAGGGGAGGGCAGUGGGAGUCCAAGGGUGAAACAUCCAGCGGGAUCUCCCCCCGAGAAUGCCAAAGGAAUUACAGAGUCACCUCAAAGCAAAGCGCCGACAGCCCGGGAGGGGUCGGGGGCUCUGGUGGGAAAUGGGGUCGGGGAGGGAAGGGGAGAAGGGGAGCUCGGGCUCGCCCGGUGCGCCCCAGAGGGGCCGACCUGCUCCAGGAUAAGGCAUCAAAGGGACCACGCCAUGGUCACAGCAACAUCUCUCCUCUCUCAAAUGAACACAUUUUAUAUUUUUAUAUAUAUAAUAAUAAUAUAGAA